AUGAACGUCGCUGGUUCUGGCCUACUUGUCGGUACCGCGCUUUCUGUCAUUAUUCCAGAAGGAGUUUCAGCGCUCUACAGUCAAAAACAUCACGAUGAACAUCAUGGAAGUGAUACCCUUAUCGACGCUGACCAGGAAGAUGAUCAUCACGAUCAUGACGAGCACGAAGACGAAGAUCAUCAGCACGACGAGGUUCAUCAAUACGUUGGCUUAUCGUUGCUUUUCGGUUUUUUACUGAUGCUUGUUGUGGACAACAUCCCUGGCGGACACGGACACUCUCACAGUGAAGCAGUGCCCAUGGCAGAGAGUGAAAAGCUCAUUGAAACGGGCGAGCAAGAAGUAAUUGUGUCCGAAUCGAAGGCUUCGACUGCGACGUUAGGGCUCGUUGUGCACGCUGCGGCCGAUGGUCUUGCUUUAGGUGCAGCUAGCGCGUCCGACAGCAGUUCGCUCCAAUUCAUCGUCUUUCUGGCGAUAAUGCUACACAAGGCCCCUGCUUCUUUUGGACUCGUUGCUUUUCUUUUGCAAAAGGGAAUCGAGCGCAGCAAAAUCAGGUGCCAUUUGCUUGUUUUCGCCCUUGCCGCGCCGAUAACAGCAAUGUUGUCUUACUUAUUCCUGUACCACGCGUUAGAAGUGAUUCCUGGUGGGGCAGGUAGUGCGAUGCUCUUUUCCGCUGGUACCUUUCUCUACGUCGCCACUGUUCACGUGUUACCAGAAGCUGGUCCACUUGAUAAAUUCAAACUAUCACUGAUGAUCAUCGGCGAAGCGAAGAUUCCUGAGGAAGACGAAACGAUGGCAUUCACCAUCAUCUUUCCCAAUGAGGAGGGAAAGGCUGGAAUCAAGGGAGCACCUGAAAAGAUCAGGUCGCUCCUCGACAACUCCUUCACCGGAAAUGGUCAAGAGAGUGCGACUUGUGAAAGCACGCUGGUGUUUUACGAAGCUGCCGAACACUUUUUGCGAAAGGAGACAUAA